AUGGGCUCCUCAAGCGAAGCGGAAGCAUUUCUAAGACACAAUUUCACCCACGUCGUCAUCGGAGGGGUUACAGCCGGACUCGUUGUUGCAGCUCGUCUGUCAGAGAACCCCGCACUGACCGUGGGUAUCAUCGAAGCAGGCCCCGUCGCUAUUGACGAACCAGCAAUCAAUAUUCCCGGCCGCCUGAGCGAAACACUUUUCACGAAGUACGACUGGCAAUUUGAGAUAACACCGCAACCUGGGCUCAACGGCAGGAAACUCCCAUGGAACCGGGGCAAAGUUCUAGGAGGCUCGAGCGCGCUAAACUUGCUGCUGUGGACCCGGGGCAGUAGGGAGGAUUAUGAUGCUUGGGAGCAGUUAGGCAACGAGGGAUGGGGCUGGGAUGGUAUACUCCCCUUCUUCAAGAAAAGUGAAUGUUUCCAUGCUCCAAACAAGGAGUUCCAAUCCCAGCACCAAGCGUACUGUGACCCCGACGCUCACGGCAUUGAUGGACCCCUCCAUAUCAUCUACCCCCAAGAGUAUGUAGCCUCACAUCAAUACUGGCACGCCACUCUGAACAAGCUCGGCGUGGAGACAAAUCGUAGCCACGCGUCAGGGGAGAAUGUUGGUUGUUGGACGUCACUUACCGGCAUCGACCCGAAUUCUCAGAGAAGAUGUUAUUCGGCGACUGCAUACUACAUGCCCGCUGCGAAGAGAGACAAUCUCGUUCUGCUCUCCGAAGCCACUGUUCGAGAGAUACUUCUGGAGAAGGACGAUGACGACUGGAUUGCAAAAGGUGUACGAUUUGAACACAAGGGUAGUGAAUAUACUAUUCGAGUAAGUGGCGAGAUCGUCCUCAGUGCAGGAAGUGUGCAAUCACCUCAGCUACUUGAACUAUCUGGUAUCGGCAACCCGGAGAUACUCAUAGCAGCGGGAAUCGAUGUCAAGAUUGAAAACCCAAAUGUGGGUGAAAAUCUCCAAGAACACAUGUUAACGAUGAUGGUGUACGAGAUCGAUCCCUCAAUAACCACCCCUGAAGCGCUCCGUAAUGAUUCAGCUCUCGCCAAAGCUGCUGACGAAGAAUAUAUAGCCACCAAAACGGGUCCUCGAACCGCGGUCGGCAACUCAGCAGCUUAUCUACCGUUCUCGCAUUACAUGUCAGCCUCAGAUAUCUCUGCUCUUGUCUCGAAACUCGCAGCCGCCUAUCCCAACACCAGGCACCCACGGGAGCAGAUACUCGUGCAACGCUUUGCCUCUGGAGACGGAGAGGCAGGCAAGAUGGAGUUUCUUUUGGACGUUAGCAAUUACAGCCCUUUUUUUGAGUCUCAGCCCAACAAGCGCUAUGGAACCAUGAUGCAAAUGCUCCAGUACCCGUUCUCGGUUGGCUCGAUUCACAUCCCGCCCGCCCCUUCUCGAGGACACCACACCACAUCUGCUGAUCAACCUGUCAUCGACCCGAAGUAUUAUGCCGGGCCUGGCGGACACAUCGACUUUCUCAGCAUGGUUGCAGGACAGAGAUUUGGGCACAGAAUCUGCUCGACGCCGCCAUUGGCGGACAUUAUCGUGGGGCGCGUUUUCCCACCGGCGCCGUCCAGCGAGAACGGCGACUCCGACGAGGAUUUGUCGGACUGGGUCCGGAACACCACUAUCACCGACUGGCAUCCUGUAGGCACUUGUGCAAUGGGUGGUAGUGGAGGGAAGGCUAACGGAGUGGUGGAUAGCCGGCUGAGGGUGUAUGGAGUCAAAGGCUUGAGAGUCGUAGAUGCAAGCAUCAUGCCGUUGCAGAUCAGUGCGCAUCUGCAGGCGACCGUUUAUGCUAUUGGAGAGAAGGGCGCCAGUAUGAUUAUGGAGGAUUGGGAGGAUUCGAAGGCAUAA